UAUAUUCCCUUUUCAGAUCUCCUUCAAGUUCAACUCUCUCUACUAUAAUAUAUAUUGGAAUUUUGCUUAUAUCCAACCAUGACAUAGACUUGGGAGAUCCCCCACCUAAUUUUCUUGAAUUUUAACAAACAUGGCCUAGUGGGCUCUCUUGCUUCUUUUCUAUCUUAUCUUCUCUUGUUUCUUCACCUCAAAAGCAACUAAAACAUGUUCCAUACUUCUAUGAUUACACUGAGAGACAACCUAUAAAAAUAUCCCAAGCUUUUAGCAAAAUCUCCGAAAAGGUAAAAGGUGACUAACAAUGUUAAAGAAUUUUGUCUAAGUCCAUAAACAAUGCUGCCAUCAACUUUCUUGUGAAGGGAUUAGGCAGCAGACAGACUAUUCCCAUGAAACUAUACAUAUAAAUCUCCAAGCUUUUGUUGUCCUGAAUCAAUCUUUAGCCCCUCUCAAUCUUAUCCCUUCUCCAAUUUCAUUCCUUUGUUUCUGGCUUGAAGUCCAUCUAUAUGUAAUAAAUACUAACCUCAGACUUUACAAAGUUUGUAAUGGGAACUCUUCACUUCUGUCAUCUGAUGCUUUUCCUUACACUACUUGCUACAUUUUUUGAUCCCAUUUUUGGAGAUAACUCCUCUGAUUCAUACUGGCUACUGAGAAUAAAGACGGAAUUCGUGGAUCCCUUUGGAGCUCUCAACAACUGGUUGCAAGAAACCAGCAUGUGUACCUGGUACGGAGUCACAUGUACAGAUGACAAAAACCAUGUUUUGUCUCUAAACCUGUCUGGUUCUGGUCUGAAUGGAGUCAUCUCCCCGGAGUUCUCAAAGCUCACCUUUCUUGAAAGAGUGGACUUAUCUCAAAACUACCUCACUGGCCCUAUCCCACCUGAUAUUGGGAAGCUUCAAAAUCUCAGAGAACUUCAGCUUUUCUCGAAUUCACUCACCGGUGUGAUCCCGACGGAGAUUGGCCUUUUGAAGAAGCUGCAAGUGCUCAGAAUUGGAGAUAACCUGCUGAUGGGCCGAAUUGUGCCAGCCAUCGGUAACUUGACGGAGCUGACGGUUUUAGGCCUUGCGUAUUGUCAGUUCAGUGGAAGUGUACCAGAAGAGAUUGGAAACCUGAAGAAUCUGAAGUUUUUGGACUUGCAGCAGAAUAGUAUUGGUGGGGUUAUACCAGAAGAGAUUGGUGGCUGCAAAAAGCUGCAAAAUUUUGCAGCAUCAAACAAUAGGAUUGAAGGGAAAAUCCCUGGAUCAGUAGGUGAUCUUGAGUCACUUGAAAUCUUGAAUUUAGCCAACAACAGCCUUUCUGGAUCGAUCCCCGUGGAGUUAAGCCAUCUGUCGAAUUUGAAGUACCUGAACUUGCAGGGAAAUGAAUUAGGAGGUGAAAUUCCACUGGAACUCAACAACUUGGCUGAGUUGGAGACUCUUGACCUGUCCAGGAACAAUCUUUCAGGGCCGAUAAACCUGUUCAACACUAAGCUCAAGAAUCUUGAAGUUUUAGUCCUGUCUGAGAACUUCUUCACAGGAAGCAUUCCUGAAAAUCUUUGCAUCAGAAACUCGAAUCUACGCCAACUUUUUCUGGCUGAUAAUGAUCUCUCUGGUGACUUUCCAGCGGAUAUAUUGAAUUGCACUUCCCUCCAGCAACUAGACCUGUCUGGUAACAACAUCGGCGGCUCUCUACCGGCCGACCUCGGCAAGCUGGAAAAUCUCACUGAUCUCCUGCUCAACAACAACAGCUUCACAGGAAUUAUACCUCCUGAGAUUGGAAAUAUGAGCAACUUGGAGAGCUUGUUUCUCUUUGGUAACAUGAUCACAGGAAGGAUUCCAGCAGAAAUCGGAAAACUGCAGAAGUUAAGCACUUUAUACCUCUACGACAACCAAAUGUCAGGAACGAUCCCAAGAGAGUUAACAAACUGCUCAAGCUUGGCAGAGGUUGAUUUCUUUGGAAACCAUUUUUCAGGAGCUAUUCCACCAACAAUUGGGAAGCUCAAGAAUUUGGUUCUCCUUCAGCUGAGGCAGAACGAACUGUCUGGUCCUAUUCCAUCGAGCCUCGGCUACUGCAGAAAGCUUCAAAGACUGGUCUUGGCUGAUAACAAGCUCUCUGGAUCAGUGCCAUCAACAUUCGGAUUCCUUUCAGACCUGUUUCUUGUCACUCUGUACAACAAUUCACUAUCAGGGCCACUUCCAGAAUCCCUUUUCCAUCUUAAAAACCUUAGCAUCGUCAACUUUUCUCACAACCGGUUAAGUGGUAGCAUUGUUCCCCUUACCGGUUCAAAUUCGUUAACAGUUUUAGACUUAACCAACAAUAGUUUCUCAAAUAACAUCCCAUCUGAGCUAGCCAUGUCUAGAAACCUGACACGUCUCCGCCUUGCGCAUAACUUUCUCACCGGCAACAUUCCUUCUGAGUUCAACCAACUGAAGGAGCUCCACUUUCUUGAUUUAUCAUUCAACAACCUGACAGGGGAGCUAGAAACCGAGCUUUCAGCCCUGACAAAGCUUGGCCACCUUAUGCUUAGCAAUAAUCGUUUCUUCGGGAUGAUUCCCACAUGGUUAGGUAGCAUACAAGAUCUGGGUGAACUAGAUCUUUCAUCCAAUACCUUCAGUGGAAGUAUACCGUCAGAACUUGGGAACUGCUCUAGAUUGCUCAAGCUCUCUCUACAUAGCAACAGACUAUCAGGUCCCAUCCCACCAGAGAUUGGAAAUCUCAACUUCUUAAACGUCUUAAACCUUCAGAAAAACAAUCUCUCCGGUUCCAUCCCUUCCACAAUCCAGCAGUGCAAGAAGCUCUAUGAGCUCAGGCUUUCAGAAAACGGCCUUACCGGUCCCAUACCGCCCGAGAUAGGCACACUCAGCGAGCUACAAGUUGUUUUAGACCUGAGUUUCAACCGCCUUUCAGGCGAAAUCCCAUCAUCCAUUGGAAACCUUGUGAAGCUAGAAAGAUUGAAUCUUUCCUUCAAUCAACUAGAAGGAAAAGUUCCAGCUUCACUAGGAAAGUUAUCCAGCCUCCACAGGCUUAAUCUGUCGAGCAAUCAUCUCCAGGGCCAGCUCCCACCUACUUUUUCAGGAUUCACACUAAGCUCUUUCCUUGGCAAUGAUAAGCUAUGCGGCCCACCACUAGUUUCUUGUUCGGAAUCAUCGGGACACAUGAGAAAAUGGCUGUCAGAAUCUCAAGUUGCUGGAAUCAUAGUGGCCAUUGUGUUCACCUCCACUUUGAUAUGCUUGUUUCUGCUGUACAUCAUGCUGAGGAUAUGGUGGAACUGGCGAAAAGUUGCCGUUUCUUGCUCCGAAAACGGUGGAUCAGAUCACAAAAAUGAAGAGGAAGAAUGGGUUUACAGAGAAGAGAUCAUCAAGAACUGUGAUCAUCACUUCUGGAGCUCUAACUCCAUGGCAUUGAUGCCUCCACAAGCUAAGCAAAUGUCUGAUGCAACAUGCAUUUUUCACUUCAAGUUGAGCUCAGCUAGUACUAAGAACAAUCCAUUGGUUUGAGUUUGGACCUUUUCUUAUUGCAUUUAAAUCUUUGUAGUUGUUCAUGUUUUUGCAAGAUUUGUCCUCCACUCUUUGAU